GAAAGAAAGAAAACAGAUCAUCGUGACAGUUACAACCGUUUAUUUGACCGUUAUCUAUAAACUGUUGUUUUGUUAUCUUUACCUCUGUAUAUUUAGUCCAAUCAAGAAAGGGAUUUGGAAGAGUUCGUUUCCGAGAACCUCGGUUCAGCAAAGUCACGGAAUUUUCCUUUGUUCUACGUCUGUGUCAAAUCUUUUUCGUUGCAAAAGACAAUUUUAUUGAAAUUAUAAUUGAGAGCAGUAAAAUUUCAUCAUGGGCUUAGUUUGUUCGACGGCACAGCUGGCGUGCCUGUGUGGUAGUACAGCAUGCAGUUUUUGCUGUUCACAAUGUCCUUCAUGUCGCAACAGUACCAGCUCAAGGAUUAUGUAUGCUUUGAUGUUGGUGCUUGGUACAAUAGUAUCAUGUAUCACCUUAUCACCUGGACUUCAAAGUACUUUGAAAAAGAUGCCAUUCUGUGCAAACAGUUCCAACUCUGCGUUAAGUCCUGUAACAAUUGAUUGUGAACAAGCAGUUGGAUAUUUAGCUGUAUACAGAAUUAGUCUUAUCAUGACUCUAUUCUUUGUCCUUAUGUCAGUCAUGAUGAUUGGAGUUAAGAGUUCAAAAGAUGCGAGAGCUCCUAUACAAAAUGGAUUUUGGGCUAUUAAGUAUCUUCUGGUUAUUGGUGGCGUUAUUGGAGCAUUUUUCAUUCCAGAAAAUUCAUUUGGCCCAACUUGGAUGUAUUUUGGAAUGAUCGGUGGCUUUAUGUUUAUACUAAUUCAAUUGAUUCUUAUUAUUGAUUUUGCUCACACUUGGGCUGAAUCAUGGGUUGGAAAUUAUGAAGAAACUGAAAACAAAGGAUGGUAUGUUGCUCUCCUUGGAACCACUUUUCUUAAUUAUAUUCUGGCUAUUACUGGUAUAGUGCUACUUUAUGUUUAUGCCACUAAGCCUGAUGAUUGUUCAUUGAACAAAUUCUUCAUUUCCAUCAACUUAAUUCUCUGUGUCAUUGUUAGUGUAGUCUCUAUUCUGCCCAAAGUACAAGAAUAUCAACCUCGUAGUGGUUUGUUGCAAUCUUCUGUCUUAUCAUUGUACAUCGUUUAUCUAACAUGGAGUGGUGUUUCAAACAGCCCAGACCAUGACUGUAAUCCUGGUAUUUUUAACACUGCUUCUUCUGUAGCUGAUCAAAGUAAUAUGGCAUUUGACAAAGAAAGUAUUAUUGGAUUGAUUAUCUGGCUCAGCUGCGUUUUGUAUAGUUCUCUUCGCACUGUGUCCAAGUCUAAUAGAAUAACAAUGACGGAAAAAGUUCUUAUACAAGAUAAUGGAGCUGUGCGGAGCACUGGCGACCAGUCUCUUAUCGCCAAUGAAGAUUAUGUUCCAGUAGAACGCCACAGUGACGACGAGGAAGGAGGUGCCAAAGUCUGGGAUAACGAGGAGGACACUGUUGCUUAUAAUUGGAGUUUUUUCCACUUCAUGUUUGCUCUUGCUACUUUGUACGUGAUGAUGGCGCUCACCAACUGGUAUCAGCCUAAUUCAUCUUUGAAAUCUCUAAAUGCAAAUGCAGCUUCAAUGUGGGUCAAGAUUAUCUCAUCAUGGGUUUGCAUGGGACUCUAUACCUGGUCUAUGGUUGCACCUGCUAUCUUAACUGACCGAGAUUUCUCUUAAGUUUGAUCGUUUAUUUUUAAAUGAAUAUUCGCAAAUAUCUAAAAAUCUUGUAUAAAGUUUUAUGGAAGCUAAUAUUUCAUUUGUGGGAAAUGUUUUCUGCACAAAAAUGUAUCUUCAAGUCUAUACUAUUGAAUUAAAGUGUAAAGUUUUUUGUAAUACAUAACGAACGUAAAAAGAUUAAAAAAAUCUUGUGCUUUACUAGAGGUACAAUCAUUGAAUUGGAUUUUACGAUAAAUUUGCUAAUUAAAGUAACGAUUGAAAAAGUAAUAAAAUAUCACUUAAGAAAAAAUCGUACCGGCAUGCAUUUAAAAUGUAGUUUCUAAAAACUUCACUACGCUGCUGAUAGCUUUCAAGUAAGAAUUUCCGUUGAUUGUCACAUUUCAAAACGUGAUAUAUUUGAACUAAUUGAUAGUUAAUAGAUUGAUAAUUCGAAAUCCAUGUUACCUCGAUCAACUUAAAUUUUUGAAAGCAAAACAGUUUUAUUGUAUGCUACAUGUAUGCCGAUGAGAAAAGGAAAUCUUUCAAUAAGUUCUUAUACCAAUUAUACAUUUAUUUCCAUUGUUAAGCUCGGUUGAGUGUGUGCUUGUAAAAGCACUAAAGAUGUAUCGAUCUUGUCUUUCAUUUGAAAUACAGCCGUCAAUUUUAUUUAUCAAUGCUAAACCGAAGAAUAUACUUUAUUUACUGCAUGUGUAAGCGCUAUAUAACGUAGUGUGCGUAGCGUAUAAUCUGUAAUUACUUUGUUAAUUUGAGAAAAAAUUAAUUUUUUUAAUUAUAUUAUCUAGAUUGUAAGUAUGUAAAAGACACGUAUUUAUCGUAACUUCACGAAGAUGCAAAAUGCAACUCUUCCUCGUUCAUGUGAUAUAAACGAACAAUGCCGUUGAUGUAUUGUUUUUUUUUCUAUUGUAUUUAUCAUAAAGCUGUAACAUUCAUUGUUCAAAAAUAAAAU